GCGGAGCGGCACCCGGGAAGGAGGAGACGGCUAGCCUAGUGCGCGAGCUUUGCUCCGUGAACGCCGCCGCCGCCGCCGGACCGUGGGCCCGUCCCGGCGGGGACUGAGCGAAGCCGCCUGCCUGGGAAGACCGAGGGGAAGCUCAGCCAGGAUGGGAGGCAGGCUGCUCUUUCUGUGCUCUUUCCUGGUUCCGGUGAUCUUGGCAGAUGUGACCGAUCAAGAGAAAGAAAAGGACCCCUUCAACUAUGACUACCAGACCCUGCGGAUCGGUGGCCUGACCUUUGCCGUGGUUUUCUUCACGCUGGGGAUCCUGCUCAUUCUGAGUAGGCGAUGCAGGUGCAGCUUCAACGCGAAGCCAAGGGCUCCUGGCGAUGAGGAGGCCCAGGCUGAGAAUUUGAUUGCUUUGAACGCAGCAGCACAGAAAGUGGAGAACUGAAGCGGAGGUGUGAGCAAAGGAGAGCUGACACUGGACAAGUAGAUCCCGAGUGCAAACAACAUGAAGGGACAUGGAGGUUAUGGCCCCUGGUCCUCUAAGGGAAUGUUGACAUUUUUGGUGUCCAUGUUGGCCUGUGCCCUGGAAAAUCAGCCCUCCGCUUAACUAUUCCCCACCAAAUUCACCCCAUUGUCUGAUUGCAUAAUGUUCAUCUGUCAUUACCGUGGCUGUUGCCUUGAUGUCGUCGUGCAGCUAUGUUCUCUGUGCCCCCACCUCUCCCCCACGCUGGUUUGACAUUCUGACCCUCCCAGGAGAAGAUCUGGCUGCUCCUGCCUUGGUGUGCACAAAGGCCGUGGCCACCCACCUGAGUUGAAAUGUCUCUUCAAGGGGAGGAGAGGAUUGGAGCUCUUCGUAGGAUAAAGACUGAAGGGAGGAAUUGGGCUGAGACAGAGAGAAAAGGGAGUUCAGGACCUUAGUGGUGUUCAGCCUUGACAGCAGGUGGUGUCCCUUCCCCUGCCCUUCCCUCCCCAUGUGGGGUCUGAGUCCCUCCAGUUGCUGCUUGUCAGCAAGGCCACAAAGGACCCCACCCCAGGGGUGUCUCUGAUGCCAGCCAGCCAGAAGGGCCAGAAAAGGAGUUGGGAUGGGAGGGUGGUCUGGCAGGGCACCUUCAUUCUCUGGUGUGGAAAUCUGCUGGUAGGGCCAAGGGUUCAGAGUUUUUUCUGCAAGGCCUUCAUGGGGUGGGAUGGGGUUAUUCCUGCUAACAUUGACUUGAUUUGGGUAGGGGCAUUAGAUUUGUCAAGUUCACACUCCUGCAUGUUGCAGCACAAUAUCCUGUAAGAUUUUGGAUGACCUUGGGUUCUUAUUCCAAAGUGCUUAGCAGAACUUGCAACAGAAUCCAGCUCAGGAAAGAAUGAGAAACUCAAUCCCAGGAUGGCCUCCAUUGGAAGCCCAGAGAUGAGCAGAAGCCAGUUUCAUCCUGAUGGAAGGAGGACAGGUCACCUAUUCCGGAUGAGGGUGGGAUUUGGCCAGUGGGCUUGCCUUGGCCUUAGUGCACUGUUCCCCAGCUCUUGAAAGCCCCCCAGUCCAGAAGGCUUCCCUGGUUACUUCCCCUCCUCUGCAGUUGCCUGGUCAGAUGCCCCCAGUUCAGAACAACAGAGGAGGAGCCACCCCCUCCCCUCCUUUCCCCCUUGCUGCGUUCACCACAACUUCUGUGUUGCCAUGUGACUCCAUUGUGUCUGUAGUGUGCAGUAGGUAAGAACUGUUGAAAACACCCCUGUACAAAUGUUGUAAUUCUAAAAGCCAAAGCCGUGGUUGUGCAUUCUCCUGGUGUAGGCUCUCCUGCUGUGUGGCUAUGAUAAAAGACUCUCACAUCUGUGUUGUGUCCCAAACUCAAGAGAGGCAUCAAAUAAAAUAUUGUUUCUAUUUCAGUG